UGACCAUUAUGUAAGGUAGAUAAUCAGUAUAUAGAUAUAUAGAUGGUCAGAUUGGUUAACAUACAGUACAUUGGUGGUCAGUGUUGCAUUUAUGAUUGUGGUACACUGACCACCAAUGUAAGAGGAUCACACAUUACAUUGAGAUGUUGUGUCUCAAGCAGGGGCGGACUGACCAUUUGGAAACUCGGGCACUGCCCGAGGGCCCAGGGUCAGUAGGGAGCCCCAUGAGAUGCCCCUGGUACCUUUUUCAUAGGCUCUUUUGAGUUUGGGCAAGGACACAGGGGCCCCAUGAUCCCCUAUUGCCCGGGGGCCCCAUGA